AUGCCUUCGCAAUGGCACCGACUACACUUGUCCCAAAAGGGUCUGCCUCCUUUGGUAUUCCAGUAUACUUGGACCCGAGAAGGCUAUCAGGUUCAUCUUACAGACCUGACUUACAUCUGGUCAGAGGAGCUGCCCCGUAAUGCCAUCAUCAAGAGAGCAGAAGAAGAUGCCACAACGAUCGAUCCCGGAGAGGAUCCAGAACAACUCGAUGUACUAUUGGAGAAGAUUGGAGAGGCUCUACACAAGGGCAAAGAAGGUGCAAUCCUAAGCAGUGGAACGCAGAAUGACUCUAUUGAAAUUACAACAACUACCAAGUUACCCGCUCCAUUGAAGCCUCUCAAGUGGUCUUUGAAGUUGUCAAAGGAGCCUGUGUCAUCCUUGACGAAAAACUUAUUACUACCACUUCUGAAAGAGGAAGCCGAAUGGGAGUCGCGUCAACGGACCCUCCUGGACCAAAUCAAACACAAAGACUACGUCCUUGGCAAGUUGUUUGAUAAAUUGGAAACAAGUGGCGUUGACCUAGGAACUGUGUUUCCUGGUGCCGCCGGAUCACGCACGUCUCGCAAGGGCGUUACGCGGUCCGAAGCUGCUAGAUUUGUGAAGGGCAUUGCGCCGUUCGAGGAACAGGAAUGGCUUGAUGCCGGUGAUGGGGCCGGACUGGCGACCAAUCUCCUCAAGGAGAUCUCGGAGUCUGAUGAUGGGGUCGACACCAUCUCCUCAAAAGGUGAAUGGUGGCGACAACUAGGGAGGCAUCAUACUAGUGACAGAGACGCUUCGCCAAGCGAAGAGCCAAUUGAAGACAGGGGAAAGAAGCUUGAAACUAAGGAUAUUGACAUGGACGCGGAAUCAACGGCAAGCAGCGAUGUGGACGAGUUUCAGCGACAAGAAACACCUCCCAGGCUCAAGUCUCGAAAUGAAAAAUCACCCCCAAAAGCCAGAAAAAAGAGCCCUACUCCUCCAGCUUUGCCUGCAGAAGAUGAUGAAGCCACAGCAUCAGACACUGACGAUGAGCCUGCACCGGCACCGGUCCGACAAAAACCAAGGCUCAAGUCUCGAAAUGAAAAAUCACCCCCAAAAGCCCAAAAAAAGAGCCCUACUCCUCCGGCUGUGCCUGCAGAAGAAGAUGAAGCCACAGCAUCAGACACUGAUGAUGAGCCUGCACCGGCACAUGCCAGAAAAAAGAGCCCUACUCGCGCUUUACCUGCAGAAGACGAUGAAGCCACAGCAUCAGACAGUAUUGAUGAGCCUGUACCGGCACACGUCAGAAAAAAGAGCCCUACUCCGGCUGUGCCCGCAGAAGAAGAUGAAGCCACAGCAUCAGGCACUGACGAUGAGCCUGCACCGGUACUGGUGCGACAAAAACAAACUACCGUCUCAAGGUCACCAGAGCCACAACCUAGAGAGGCACCAACCAAGCCGAAGGGCGGACUAGGCAAAAUUGGCGGCAAAUCCAAGAAGCCAGAGCCCCAGCCCCAGCCCCGGCCCUCUCCUUCUCCCGCGUCUUCUCCUCCCCCCGUCUCCCCCGCAAGCAAAAGAAGCGCCAAAAAGACCCAAGGGUGGACUGGCUUAGGCAGGAUAGGCGGCAAGAAAAAGCAACCCUCACCUUCCCCAGAGCCCACCUCCCCAGAACCCCAAGAACUACCAGAAGAAAGAGCCUCUGCGCCCCAAUCCCCAGCACCAGCUAAAACCAAACGUCCGGGGAAACUAGGCAUGAUAGGCGGCAAAGCCAAAGCCAAAACCCAAGCCCCCGAACUGGCCCGUGACGAGUCUCCGCCGCCUCCGGCGGCGUCACCAGAGAAACCUUCUGCGCCCAGCAGGCCCGUUCGAGAAAAGUCCCCUUUACCUAAGGCGGAGAAAGCCCGGUCGGCCACGCCUGUGGAGCCGGAAACUGAGGACCAGCGGGCUGAUCGGAAGCGCGAGGAGUUGAAGCGGGCGCUUGAAGCUAAAGGGAAAGCUCCUGCGAAGAAGAAGAGGAGGUUUUAG